CUCCCCUGUUUGUGUUAUACAUGGACGUAAUAGUCAGGCACAGACAGAAUGAGGAAAGUAGAAGACGUCGAAACGACAAGGUCGCCCUUCUCAGCAUCUUCUGAAAUUGAUCUCCAGUCUAAUUGGUAUAAAUUGGGUAGAAGUUUCCGCUGAUCCAUACUCACUUGAACUGCAGCGCAGACGUGGACCGGUCGAUAAUUGUCUUUUAUUGCUUAGAAAUCAAAUUCUCCAAUCAGCGAAACUACCAACAGAUUUCCUGCCAGCAUCUGCGCUUGACUCCUUGGACAAAUGGAUAUACGUCCACUUCAGCUCUUCCCCGUUUCAAUUUUCUGCUUGUUGCAGGGAUUUUCGUUACGAGUCAGUGAUUAGUUUGUUUAUUAUACCAUUAAUUUAA